CAAAAACUGGAUAUAAGAUAAUAGCGGAAUGAUUAGGAUUAAACAGUUAUAAAUUAUCCGGAUUGAAAGCUCUGGUUUUUUUCUUCAUAAAAUAAUAAUAAUAAAUUAAAUUAAAUUAAAAAUAUUGGAUAAAAAAAAGUUCGCAGUUUCUAUUCAAUGUAAAAAGCUUUGCCGAUAAAAAAAGAAAAAAAACAAUCAACUUCUCAGAGAAAAGAAAAACAAAAAUCCCAACGUUCGGUGUUUGCAAAGGAAUCAAAGAAAGAAAGAAACAAACAAAAAAAUGGCGAAGCACGAAGACCUUCCAAUCCCAGUUUACUCAAACUUGAAAGCAGUUUAUGGUGAUGGAUCCCAGCUGGAAGAAGCUCAGCUUCGAUUCGACACGUUGAAGUCCAAGUUUGUCGAGGUCUUCGGUCAUCCUCCUGAUGUCUUUGCUCGCUCACCAGGGAGAGUCAACUUGAUUGGAGAGCAUAUAGACUAUGAAGGGUACUCUGUGUUGCCUAUGGCAAUAAGGCAGGACACCAUCAUCGCAAUCAGAAAAAACGUUGGAGGGUCCGAGAAGGUUCUCAGAAUUGCUAAUGUCAAUGAUAAAUACCAAUUGUGUACUUAUCCGGCUGAUCCUGAACAGGAAAUUGACUUGAAGAAUCACAGAUGGGGUCACUAUUUCAUUUGUGGGUACAAAGGUUACCAUGAAUAUGCUAAAACAAAAGGAGUAAAUGUUGGUGAACCAGUUGGACUUGAUAUUCUUGUUGAUGGAACAGUUCCCACAGGUUCUGGUUUAUCGAGCUCUGCAGCUUUUGUUUGCUCAUCUACUAUUGCUAUAAUGGCUGCUUUUGAUGUGAAUUUUCCUAAGAAAGAAAUUGCUCAGCUUACUUGUGAGUGUGAACGACAUAUUGGAACGCAGUCUGGUGGAAUGGAUCAGGCAAUCUCUGUCAUGGCCAAAACUGGGUUUGCAGAGCUCAUUGAUUUCAAUCCUAUUCGUGCCACUGAUGUGCAAUUACCAGCUGGUGGAACUUUUGUUAUCGCUCAUUCUUUGGCAGAAUCUCAGAAAGCUGUCACUGCUGCUACAAAUUACAAUAACAGAGUUGUUGAAUGCCGGUUGGCUGCUGUUGUACUUGGUAUUAAGCUGGGGAUGAAACCCCAAGAGGCAAUAUCAAAAGUCAAAACUCUUUCCGACGUUGAAGGGUUAUGCUUAUCUUUCGCUAGUAAUCAUGGCUCUUCAGAUCCUGUCCUGGCUGUCAAGGAAUAUUUGAAAGAGGAUCCUUACACAGCAGAAGAAAUAGAGAAAAUCACCGGAGAAAAUCUAGCAUCGGUGUUGGGAAAUUCUCCAUCAUCUUUGGAUGUCUUAAAAGCUGCAAAACACUUCAAAUUACAUCAGAGAGCUGCACAUGUCUACUCUGAAGCUAAGAGGGUGUAUGCCUUUAAGGACACUGUAUCUUCAAAUUUUAGUGAGGAGGACAAGCUAAAAAAACUUGGUGAUCUUAUGAAUGACAGCCACUACAGCUGCAGUGUUUUAUAUGAGUGCAGCUGUCCGGAGUUGGAAGAACUUGUAAAAAUUUGCCGUGGUAAUGGUGCCCUUGGAGCAAGGCUUACAGGAGCUGGUUGGGGAGGCUGUGCAGUUGCUUUGGUGAAAGAGAAUAUUGUCCCACAGUUUAUCCUCAAUUUAAAGGAAAGCUUCUACCAAUCAAGGAUUGACAGGGGGAUCAUCAACAAUAACGAUCUCGGCCUGUAUGUUUUCGCUUCCAAGCCAUCAAGUGGUGCAGCUAUUUUCAAGUUUUAGUUUUUGUGUUUAGAAUAGUUUAUUUUGAUAUUAGAUUAUGCAAAUUUCUACCUCUAAUAAAGUAUAUUAAUUUUUGUUCAAAAAAAUAUUAUGUUACUUUGCUAGAACUGUAUCUUCUGCGUGGCAAUCAUGGUACUUGUUUAGAUUGAAGCAUUGAUAUAUAUGUAUAUAUAUAUAUAUAUAUGCUAUAUUGGUUAA